AUGGAAGACAACUCGUCGCCCGUGAGCAACCAGACGGCCGACGUGGAGCCCCCGAAGCGACCUGUGCCGCCCAGUCUGUCGUCAGAGGCCGCUCCCAAGCCGAAGCGAGGCAAGUAUACGUCGGUGGCAUGCAACGAGUGCAAGAAGAAGAAGCUCAAGUGCAUCCCGGUCAACGGCUCCAGCUGUGAGCGAUGCAUCGCCGGCGGCGUACACUGCGUAUUUGCCGCCGUCACGCCGCAGAGCAGCAAGAAGAAGGAGGAGAGCAACCACCAGAUGCAGGCGCUGGGGGAUGAGCUGGCCAAGCUGCGACAGCAGGUGACAGAUCUCUCCAGGACCGUAGACGAGCUCAAGCACCAGUCGCCCGGGGCGCGCACCACCAUGGCCAGUCACUUUGACGUGGUGGCGGCGCGCUCCCCGUCCAACACCUCCAAGGACAAUGUGCCCAAGCACCCGCAGUUCGUAGGGCCCACGCGGCCGUCGUACGGCCUGGUGAUUGCCGAGCGGUCGCUCACGCGCAUGGGCAUACCGGCCUCGCCGUCGCCGUCUCCCAGCGGCGCGCCGUCGCCCGCCGAGCCCGAGCAGGCCGAGGCCACCGACGUCGAGUUCUGGGCCGAGUGCUCCCCCGAGGAGAUGGCGAGGCUGCUGGCCGUCUUCGAGGAGGAGGUGGAAUCCGUGUACCCCUUCAUCAACAUCCUCGAGCUGGCGGCGCGCUCGGAGCAGAUCCUGCGCGUCAUCCGCGACCCCUCGCUGCUGGACGAGGCGCCCAGGGUCGACGUCCACGAGCCGCCGUUGACGUGGACCGACGUGCGGCUGGCCAAGCUCGCCGUGGCCACGGGCAUCGCCAUCGAGGCGCACGGCAAAAACGACCUCUGCGCCGCCAUUGCCGAGUCGGUCGUGGCCGUGACGGCGCGCAUAUCCAGGACCGAGGUGGAGCUCAAGGGGAUCCAGCUCUUGAUGAUGCUGAGCAUUUACUACUUCCACUGCGACGACGAGUUGCUGGCCUGGAGGACAAUCGGCAUCGCGGCCCGCGAGGCGCUCGAGAUGGGGCUGCACCGGCGGAGGAGUCUCUACGACAACUUUACCGAUCCGCAGUCGCGGCACGCCGCCCUGAGAGUCUUUUGGUGCUGCUACGUCCUCGACCGCCGGUGGAGUUUCGGCACGAGCCUCUCGUUUGCGCUGACGGACAGGGACAUUGACCCAGCGCUUCUCGAGCCGGACAUCGACUCAUCCUAUCUGAAAUGCAUGGUGGGCUACGCCCGGCUGUGCUCCAAGCUGUGGGACGCAAUCCCGCCGUUUGGCUCGGCGUGCCAGUCGAUCCCGGCCGACAUUGCCAACGCGCUCGACGCCAGCACGCAGACGUGGCUCGAGUCGAUCCCCCCCCAUCUCCAGAUGCGUCACCCGCGGGCGUUUUACUCGACGCGGUCGCAGCCGCGGGUGCUGCACCGGCUGCGGGCCUUCCUCUACCUCCGCGGCAACCUCACCCGCAUCUCCAUCUACCAGCACCACCUGCUGAGCGCGGCCACCAUCAAGGCCGACCUCGCGCGGGCCAAGGCGGCCGUCGACCUGGCCCAGGACACGGUCCAGGUCCUGGUGCACCUCAACGCCACGUCCGACAUCUACUCGCGCCAGCAAAACGCCUUCAACUACUUCCUGCUCGGCGCCUUUGCCGUCAUCUCCCUGGCCAUCUGCCACGCGCCCAACGUCUUCGCCGCCGGCUGCGCGCAGAGCUUCAUCGACGCCAUCGGCCUCGUGAGGGGCUUCAGCCGCCACAGCAUCGCCAGCCGCCGCCUGUGGAAGAGCAUCCGGGGCCUGCUGCCGCGCCUCAAGAGCCUGGGCCUGCAGGACUGCGACGACGGCGGCGCCGGCGACCGCUUGCACAGUCCCUCGGCGGCGGGGACCCUGGGGAGCGACGCGUCGUCGGCGUACAUUGUCCGCGGGCGGCCGUCCGUCACCCGCGCCGACGACGACCAGGUGUGGCCGGCGAGCGGGCGUCCGGGCCCGGGCGCUCUUACACACCCCGGUCUGGGCGCCGACAUCCCGGACAUGACGGAGCUGAAUAACGACAUUUUGAAUCUCUUUGACACCCUGGGCCAGGGGAGCCAGUUCCCGGACGACUUUGACUCGGGGCUGUACAAUGCGCUGGAUGCGGACCUUGUCGGCGGCGAUGGGCUGGACAUUUCGCGGCGCUUCUUGCAGGGGCUCAUGUGA